UUGAAUUUGAUUGCAUGUCUGAAUCUCUAUGAUUUUGAUACUGCCUCUGAGUUUGAUAACUUGUUUCAAUGGAUGAUAAAUUGUGUUUGAAUCUGAUUAUGUUUUUGCAUCCGUGAUUGUGAUUUAUGACUGUGACAGAGUGAAUUUGAGUGAGUUUGGAAUUUGGAAAACAUAAAAAAAAAAAAACAAAGGUAAAGUGACGAGUUUUGCAUCUUUGAAUGAUUGAAUCAGAAUCUGCUUUUUGAGUACUGAGUAAAGACUAAAGUAAUCUCUGUGUGUUUUGCAUCAGUGAAUUUGAGUGAGUGAGUCGAAAUUUGGGAAAUAGCAAAAAUCAAAGAUAAACUGAUGUUUUGAUUGUGACACUGGCCAUGUGCUCUGUGACCGUGAGUAAAUUGAUGAGUUUAGGAAAUAGCAAUUAAUGGGAAUGAAGAAUAUCACAAGGAAAUUGGGUUUCAGUGCUUCUGAAUGACUUGAUGGUCUAAAUUUAUCUACAAUAACUAACUACAACUUCUUACUUCUGUGGGAAGUUGAUAGCAAGAGCAGCAAGAUUUGACCUUCAACUAUAGUAUAACAAUAACGAUGGAAUCUGGAAAAUUUGACCCAAGAAACUCUGGAGAGUUGUUGAAGCAUAUGGAUAAGCAGAAUGAGGUCCUUAUGGAAGCAUACAGAUCCAUGUUGCAUGAAAUGCAAAAACUUCAGGUAGAAGAAGAAAUGCUUAUGCGCAAGCUUUAUGAAGUUAUGUCAGUUCAUGGUCUCACUAAACAGAAUGGAGACAACUCCAUUGCUUCAGAAAAUUUUGCAGUAGCUGAACAAAACAAUAAUGAAGUUAAUACUGCGCAUGAGGAAUAGUAAGGAUAAUUCUGAUUGGACACAGAUCACCUACCGUAUAAAAAGGAAAAACAAGCAAAGCAAUUUUUUUGUCAAAUCUGCAUUACAUGGAUCAUUUAGUGGGUGAGGAAUUGUAUGGAUUGACUUACAGAAGCACCAGUAAAGAAAGUAGAUUACUAGAUGAAAAUUUGUCCAGUAAUUAUAGGAAGAUCAAGUCUUUGUUUUUUGUUUUUUGUUUACCAGGAUUCCUAGUAAAUUGUAAAUAAAAGCACAAUUUUAUCUUACUGAACUGCAAGAAUUAUAAGAUUUUUAUCUUAUACGGAUCAAUAUAAAAGAGAUUUAGGGUUUUUUGUUUGGU